AUGGGGCCCUGGGGGGUCAGUCUCCUGCUGCUGACACCCCUCUGCCUUCUGUAUCGAGGGGUCUCAGGGCAGCCCCAUCCGACCCUCGGAGCCAGCGCAGAGGAGGCCGCAUCCAUCCAAGGAGUGAGGGGCAGCUCUGUGGAGCUGGCCUGUGGCUCCCGGCCUGCCCCUCUGGUGGUCUUCUGGAGCUUCACGCCCCUAGGCUCACUGAUUCCCCAUCCUGUGGCUGUCACCAAUGGAGCAGAGUCCAAGGUGGAGGCCGGGGCCUCGGCUUUGGGGGCCGUGAGUCUGCAGAACAGCAGCCUGGUGCUGAGGGAGCUGCGGGAGGGUGCCCGCGGCCUCUUCCUGUGCCAGGCCCCGCACGUGGCCGGCGGCCAGCUCCACGCCACCUACUCCUACCUCGCUCUGGCCGUGCUGGUGCCUGUAUCGAAGCCUCAGGUGCGGCUGAGUGACCCGUCCCCAGUGGAGGGGACCUCCGUGGUGGCCACGUGUGCAGUGCGGGAGGGCACCGAGCCCGUGACCUUUGCCUGGCAGCAUCAGGCACCCCAAGGCUCUCGGGAAGCGCUGGUGGGGGUCACGAAGAGACUUCUCCAGCUGGACCCAGUCAACAGGACACACCUGGGCUGGUACAUGUGCAGUGCCCACAACGCUGUCAACCGGCUGAACAGUGACGGAGCCUUCCCGGAUGUCAUCUAUGGUCCAGACAAUCCUGUGAUCACCAUAGAGCCGCCGGGCUUCACUGAGGAAGGUUUUUGGGCCAGUGAGAGGGAAGAGGUGACCCUGAACUGCCUGGCUGCAUCCAACCCGCCUAGUCACUAUGUGUGGCUCCGUGACCACACUCAGGUCCACGCUGGGCCUACCUACAUCAUCGCCAGCGCUGGCCGCACCCACACAGGCCUAUACACCUGCCUGGCCCACAACAGCCGCCUGGACAGCCGCACACAGACCACUGUCCGGCUCACCAUCUACUAUCCCCCUGAGGGGCGGCCCUCCUGUGCUGUGCUCCCCACCCUUGGGGCUGUGACUUUGGUCUGUGCCUGGCCUGGGGGGCUUCCAGCUGCCCAGCUGCAGUGGGAAGGGCCCCAGGGAACUGGCCCCACUGCCCACAGCAAUGUCACCUGGAGUCGUGCAGCCACAGAGCUCCCCAACAGCAGUGUCUUCACCUGCACUGGCCAGCACCCAGCCCUGGCACUGCCCGCCCUCUGCAGGAUCACGCUCUGGGAACCCCUCUUGAGCCCCACCUGCUGGACCACAGGCACAAUCAGAGACCAGUUCAUCAUGCUGAGGUGUGAGUGGCCUGGAGGUGAGCCCCCUGCCGUGCUGAGCUGGCUUGAUGGACAGCAGCAGCCCCUGGGCGGCAGCAGCUCCUCGCUGGCCGUCCACCUCCUGCAGGCCCGGGAAGAUCUGACUGGCAGAGAGUUCACCUGCCGAGGCACUCACCCACUCAGGGUCCCCGACCCUCACUGCCGGCUUCAGCUGGAAGCUCCACAGCUGGCAGUGGCUGAGCCCCAGGUGUCAGUGCUGGAGGGGAGAGAGGCCUGGCUGGGGUGUGCCCUCCUGGGGGGCAUGCCACCUGCCCAGCUCCUCUGGCUGGGCCCCCAGCGACGGCAGGUGGAAUCAGGCACUUCUGGAUACACGCUGCACCCUGAGGGUGCCCAGCUCCACCUGAGAAUCCGGGACGCAGACCCAGCAUGCCACAGGGGCACCUACCAGUGCGUAGCCCUCAACGCCUUGGGCAACAGCAGUCAGAGUGUCCUGUUGGAGGUCCUGAGGUAUCCAGCUCCUCCCAACGUCACCAUCAGCCGCCUGACCUACGGGAGACACCGGAGGGAGGUGCAGCUGCAGUGGGCCAUCGACGGCCCUGGGAACUGGACGGGCUUCCUGGUGCAGCGGAGGGCCAGGGUCCCAGGCCCAGGAGCUGGGGCUUGGGAGACGGCAGCUAGUGACAUCGAGCCAGAGAGCAGAGGCCGGCGGCUGGGGGGCUUGGACCCAGGGGUCCUUUAUGCCUUCCGCAUCCUAGCUCUGAAUCACCGCACAGCUGGAUAUCCCUCUGAGGUGAAGAUACCAGCGGACCCCCCCUUCAGUGCCUAUCCAGCAGUGCUGGGUGCAGCAGGCACGGGAAUGGUGGUGGCAACGGUAGCCUCUCUCCUGGUGUUCCAGUAUGCUGCCCGGCACCCAGAGACUUUCCCCCGCCUUGGUCAGCUGCUUGUUCCCACGGAGCAAAGUCAUCAAAUUAGGGCUUUAAGGGAAGGUCCCGAGGCACAGGCAGGCAUUGAAAUAGCACCCACCACCCCAAGUUCGGGUCCUGCACAAGAAUCCACGGAUGCUCCAGUCAACGUCACCAUCACAGUGACUGCAACACCAUGA